AUGAAGUACUUCACAUCAAUUAAAAACAAAACAAUUGUCAACUGCACGUGCUCUGAGGCUAACUGCGUCGUGUGGAACUUCACGGGAACGUGGAGAAACAACCGCUACGAAAACUGCACGUUCCAGAACAUCUCCGUGCACAACGUAGCUAUGUCUCACGUGCACUUCAUCAACUGCUCCCUAUAUAAUGUCACCUUCCAAAAGGUCACGUCGUCUCGGGUGGUCUUCACGAAUUCACGCCUCUAUGGAUGCUCCUUCAUCGACUCGGACCUGCUGGCGUUGGCGCAGCUGGACAACACGACCAUCGUGGAGAAGAACGUGAUCGGGCUGUCGCUGACGUGUCGCGUGGAGCUGGACUUCGACCUGCGCGUAUUUAACUACAAUGAUAUUGCCUACUUCAAUCCUGCC